CCUCGCAGCCGCCGUGGCAGCCAGGGGAAGCUCCUAUAGAAACGGACACCGAGGCGCGGCCCCCUCUCCUUCUGCCUCUCACUCGGGCACGGAGAGAGCAGCGAGCCAGCGGAGCGGAGGAGGAGACGGGGGAUUGGAUAGGGGCCGGGGCAAGCCGGAGAUGGACACGCCCGACCGCGCCGCGGCGCCGCCGGCCUCGCGUGCGGAGGACUCGCCAGUUUUCAGCUUCAUCGAUAGUCUGUCUCCGAUCGAGCCUCUCAAGUCGGCUUAUACCGCUAAUAGUCUCCAAGGAUAUCAAUCCAUCAACAUAACCUCUGUUUCCUCCAUCUUCACUUCUCCGCACGACAAUGCACAGAAGGAACCUAGGCUUCCGAAGAGCUCUCUCGUUGAAAUUUCUGAAAGCGAGGUUUGUGCUAACGGCAGCGACAGAAACAAGCCAUCUAAGUCUUCACAUGCUGUUAGGUUGUUUGCCUGCACGAGCACUGUGACUCAAGAAACACACACAAUUACAUGUUCAGGUGUGGUUGAUCCUUCUAAUGGGCCAUGUGAUUUGGCUCAACCUGGUCAAUUCGAUACUGGCAGUCCAGAUCAUAACACGACACCUUGCCAUGGUGUCAGAUCAGACAUUAAACAAGAUAAGUGUCGGAAAUUAGAAGCUGUACAAACCAUUAAAAAUACAUUGGAGAAAAGGAAAUGCUUAUUUUCCACUGAAAUCAAGCUCCUGGAUGGCGACCAGCCUGAGAAAGACAAUGGUGAAGUAUUGGGAUGUGAAUGGUCCGACUUAAUUUCCACAACUUCGGGUGAGCUUGUGGCCUUUGACUCAUCGAUGGAUGAGCAUCACAGAGGAGUGCAGCUGGCAGCACAAAAUGCGGAAUCAUGUGGAUAUUUUCUAUCAAAACUUACGGGAGAUGGUGACAUCUCAGACACAGCACAUCCUAAUGCAUCUGGUCAAGCAUACUAUCAAGAAUUCGUUAUGGGAGAAGAUCAGACAGAAAAUGCUCAAAUAUUUCAGGAUGGUCAACAAACCAUCUCAAGUGAAGAAAUUCAGGAUAAUAUUUAUGAAGCAAAUGGAUGUAUUCCAUUAGACUACAAGGUUGAGAUCCAACAACAACGUGGCAUACGAAGACGCUGUCUGGUUUUUGAGGCAGCUGGGUUUUCAAACAGUAUCGAGCAGAAAGGAACUGUUGAAGAUCUGUCUAUCUCAACAUGUAAAGGCAAAAGCCCUGUACAAACUCAGACAAAUCCAGUGAAAACUCAGUCACGUGUAUUGCGUGGUAUUGGUCUACAUUUAAAUGCUCUUGCAUUAAGACCAAAAGUGAAAAUGGCCUGUCAGGAUCCUAUGGCUUCUGCUUUGGUUCCAUUGUCGACAUCUGAACAGGAUGUGCAUGGGAAGUUGCUCUCUGCAGGAGAGUACUUCACCCACUCAGGUGCUGAUCUUUUAGAACGUCCGAUGGAUGAUUGUUCAGCUGGAGGUUUUCCUGUAAAUGAUCAUGUUUCAAGUCAAAGCGGCAGCCCUCAAAAGAAGAGAUGCAAAACAGAUAAUGGUGAUGAUGGUGAGGCAUGCAAGCGGUGCAGCUGUAAGAAGUCAAAGUGCUUGAAACUGUAUUGCGAGUGUUUUGCUGCUGGUGUUUACUGCUCUGAGCCCUGUUCAUGCCAAGGAUGUCUGAACAAGCCCAUACAUGAGGAAAUUGUUCUCUCCACUCGGAAGCAGAUAGAGUUCCGUAAUCCACUAGCAUUUGCUCCAAAAGUGAUCCGGAUGUCUGACGCUGGUCAGGAAACUGGGGAAGAUCCUACCAAUACUCCCGCUUCAGCUCGUCAUAAGAGAGGAUGCAAUUGCAAGAAGUCAAGCUGUCUCAAGAAAUACUGUGAAUGCUAUCAGGGAGGUGUUGGAUGCUCCAGCAACUGCAGAUGCGAGAGCUGCAAAAACACUUUCGGCAGAAGAGAUGCUGACACAGAACUUACUGAAGAAAUGAAACAAGGAGGUGAAGAAACAAAAAUUUGUGGAGAAGAAAAGGAAAAUGACCAACAAAAGUCUAAUGUACAGAGCGAAGAUCACCCCCUCCUUGAGCUUGUCCCAAUAACACCACCUUUUGAUGUUCCCAGUUCUUUGCUCAAACCGCCAAAUUUCUCAAGUGCAAAGCCACCAAGACCUUCUAAAGCUCGCAGUGGGAACUCCCGAUCGUCUACUUCAAAAGCUACAGAAACAGUUCAAUCUCGCAAAAUUUCCAAGGUUGCUGAUCGUGAUUUAGAUGAGGAAAUGCCGGAUAUUUUAAGAGAAGCUAAUUCUCCUAGUAACUGUGUCAAGACUACUUCGCCCAAUGGAAAACGAGUCUCACCACCACAUAAUGCACUCAGUAUUUCACCAAACCGAAAAGGUGGUAGGAAGCUGAUAUUGAAGUCGAUUCCCUCAUUUCCGUCACUUACAGGAGACACAAACAGUGGUUCUGCUGUGAACACUACUGACAGCACAUUAAGCGCAUCGCCUCUUGCUUUAGGACCAUCUUAAAGCUGCGUGGUUGACUAUGGGACCGGAGUACGACUUGUAGUCCGAUAAUGUACCUCACAUCCUAAGGCGCAGCAAGGCUCGAGGUGCUGUCAGAGAACAGUAAGUUAAAUUUCAAGGUGUAGUAAUCUGUAUUUGUAAAAUAUGUAGUUUCAAUAAUCUGUAUGUAAGAUGCUGUGAUGCUUGAAGUCGUUAUCGUUAUUGAAUUCUAGUAAUACUAUAUAAAUCACCUCUGAGGAGGUUCCAUAAUUCCAUUCCCAUGUUUUAAAUCUGAAGCACCCCUUUCAGGCUUUCACUGAACAAAAUAAACUCUUUAUCAUGUUUAUCUCUUUCCUGCAUGCAUAUGCCCUCCUAAUCCCAUCCAUGUCUAAAGCUAAGGGUGGUGCUCUGAGCUUUGUCUUAGAAUAGUACUUGCUGUUGCUGAUGGGUGUUGAGAUGUCAGGCUCCCCUUCCUGAACUGGUACUACCAAAGUUACGCCUCUGCUGCAUGGUCCAUGAAAAUUCAGAGCACCCA